UUUUAUUUUUUUCCUGAUAUAUAAGGUUGUUUUUUUUUUAAAGUUAGCCUAAACUGCAGUUCCUGAUUGCCGAGAGGACGAGGUUAAAUUUAGGGCGAAAGCCAGCCUGUGAGAUUUAUUUCCCCCCCCUACUAACCAUGCAAGGCGACUGAAUCAGCUUCUAUAAGGGGGAAGGCUUCCUGUCGAGGGCCCCGGAAUGGGGAAGCGUUAUUUUUGCGAUUACUGCGACCGCUCUUUCCAGGACAAUCUCCACAACAGGAAGAAGCACCUGAACGGCUUUCAGCACCUCCGGACCAAGAAGGUCUGGUACGACCUCUUUCGAGAUGCUGCAGCCAUCCUGCAGGAGGAGCAGAGCAAGAAAACCUGUCGGAAAUUUCUGCAAACUGGGCAGUGUGACUUCGGCCCCAACUGCAGGUUUUCUCACAUGACAGAGGAGGACUUGGAGAAGCUGAAAAGACAGGUGCAAGAAGAGAAGCGAGCCAAAGAACAGCAGCACGAGGGGAGAGUCAACCCGCCAGGUACCAUUGAAGACUGGCUGGAGAAGCGGGCAAAGCGACUUGGCACGGCCAAGGCUGACAGUACUCUUCCCGAGGAACAGUCGGUUUUCCAGUAUCCUCCCGGCUGGCCUCCCGUUCAGGACCUGCCGCCUUCCCUGCGGGCCCCUCCUCCUGGCGGGUGGAAUGUCCCACCCAAUCUCCAAUGGGGAUGAUGAUGAUGAUAGAGCCAACAGGAGGACUUCUGGAUCCCAGAUGAGAUGGCCAUGAAUGACCGCCUCUAUGGUCACGCACGGGGAAUUUUCAGCCCUCACACCAUCCUGGAACUUCAUCUCCCAGAAGCCUCAGCCCAGGUGAUGGCAAUGGAUUGUGGGAUCUGUAGUUUUGGAGCCGCGCGGAUCUCAUCCUUUGACCCGGCAGCUGUUUUUGGACUUCAUUUCCCAGAAAUCCCAACCAACUUGAUGAAUGGUCAGCGAUUCUGGGAAAUGAAGUCCCAAAGGCCGAGCAGUCUAAAACAAACGUUUGGCCAUUUCAACAUUUGGAGAGGCAGGGCGAACCCAAUCUCUCUGUUACGUCCUCCUGACCAUAAAUGCCAUGGAAUGGCUAUUGGGCAUAUUUUCAUAACAUUUCCUUAGCUUUAUUGUUAGGAUUUACAGUAUUUAUUUGAUUUUUUUUUAAAAAAGCAGAGUUUGUGCAUUUAUAAUGCUGAACUCAAAAUACAGUAGGACCUCCUUAUCUGCAGACUCAGUAUCCACUGAUUCACUUAUCCACUGGCUGAAAAUACAGUACUAAACACUCCCCAUACCUAUUUAGAUGUAUUUCCAGGUCAUAUUUAUAAGAACGGGCCACUAGAUGGAGUCAGAGACCAUGCUGUGUAUCGUAUUCGAUACCUCUGCAUUUUUCAGCAUUCAGAGGGGUUGGAACGGAUCCUCCAUUGAUACUUUGGGUCCUACUCUACUAAGAAUUAAAAUAAAGAAAGGAGCAUCAAUGCAGAAAAUAAAGCAUUGAAAAUUGUUGGGUAGACAUCAGGUGUUCAAUCUAGUUUUCUUUAAAAAUUUAUUACUGGAGAACCAUCUGCUCUUGCUUUAUUCCUUCACUUUUCAAUAUAUGUUGUCUGUUGAAUAAAGACUUUAGUGCAUGCAAAAUAAACUAAUGUUCUUC